GCAUCGGUAUCAUCAGCACCCAGUGCUCAUUUUCUCUGGCAUAUCUGAGCGGCAGCGACAUCAUCAAAAUAGAGCAAAGGAGCACGUUGUCGCAUCGAUAUUGGUGAACGUUCCAUAAAAUGGCAAAGAGCUUAAGAAGCAAAUGGAAAAGAAAAAUGCGAGCCAAAAAAAGGGAAAGAUAUGCUGUUAAAGAGCUCGCCAGGUUGAAGACGGUGGUUGAGAGUGCCAAGAAAACGGAUGUUGAUAUGUCUGAUAUUUGCCAAGUGGUCACUAUCAAACAAAUAACGCAACGUCGGUCAAGGAAAGAAGCAUCCGAAGUUGAACACGAAGCAAAUGAUGAUGAAACUGGUGAGGAAAGAAGCGAAGAUAAAACUGAGGAAGCUACUGGUGCCAUGGAGGUUGAUGUUCAAAAGAAGAAAUAUGAUCGAAGGACCAUGAAAGAUAAGGAUGGACAAUACCCAGUCUGGAUGAACCAAAGGGAAAUCCACAGAAUUAAAGCAAGAUUGGGCAAAGGUACCAGAAAAGGCAAGAGGAAGCAGACAUGGUGAUACGAGACUAAUAUGUUUCUCCUCCUGUACAUAGUGAUGACUCACAUAAAACAUUUCACAUUAAAGAGGCAAAAGAAGUGACAUCUAA